AAAGAAAGAAUAUUCUUGAAAUGGUUAGGGUAAGCAGUUUCUGGGUAGCUAUGGUUUUGGGAAUUUUUGUCUUGUCAGAAACCAGUAAGAGUCUUGUUGAGAAUGAUAAGCAAGCAUUAAUGGAGUUUGUAAAGAAUGUCCCUCAUUCAAGGCCUCUAAACUGGGAUGAGAAGCUCUCAGUUUGCAAGAACUGGAGUGGGGUGACCUGCAGUGAAGAUGGCUCCAGGGUAAUUGGUCUGAGAUUACCUGGGGCAGGUUUUCAUGGCCCAAUUCCAGAGAAUACCCUCAGCCGUUUAUCAGCAUUGCAGGUCUUGAGCCUCAGAUCCAAUGGCAUUUCCGGGAAGUUCCCUUCAGAUUUUGGCAAUCUGAAAAACCUAUCCUAUCUGUAUUUCCAGAACAACCAUUUCUCCGGGCCUUUGCCUUUGGAUUUGGGUGUUUGGGAGAAUCUCACCAUUGUUAACCUGUCUAACAAUGGGUUCAAUGGUAGCAUUCCUGAUUCGAUUUCGGGUCUAAUUCGGCUCACUCAUUUAGACCUUUCAAGCAACUCAUUCUCUGGUGAAAUCCCUGACAUGAAUCUCCCUAGUUUGCAGUUCUUGAACUUGUCAGACAAUAACCUUAGUGGUGUCUUGCCUGUGUCACUUCAAAGGUUUCCUAGGAGUGUGUUUUUCGGAAACAAUAAUGUGUCCUUUUUGGACUAUUCUGUUUCUAAUUCUGCAGGGGCAGGGGAAUUGAGUGAAAGGGCUUUACUUGGGAUCAUAUUAUCUGUGAGUGUGAUUGGGAUUCUUGGAUUUGGUUUUGGUGUUCUUCUGCUUAUCUGUUGUCUUAGAAGGAAACAACAGGAAGAGGCCUUCCAGGGGGAGAUGGAGAAGGGAGAAAUGUCACCCGAGGAGAAGGCGAUUUCGCUGCAGACCCAAGAGACAAUGAGCAACAGAUUGGUGUUCUUUGAAGGCUUUAACUAUGCAUUUGAUUUGGAAGAUCUUCUUGGAGCUUCUGCUGAGGUACUGGGGAAAGGAACAUAUGGUAUGGCCUAUAAGGUCAUACUCGAGGAGGCGACGACGACUGUGGUGGUGAAAAGAUUGAAGGAAUUGGGGGUUGGGAAGAGGGGAUUUGAGCAGCAAAUGCAGGUUGUGGGAAGUAUAAAACAUGAGAAUGUUAUUGAGCUUAGAGCUUACUACUUUUCCAAAGAGGAGAAGCUCAUUGUCUAUGACUAUUUCACUCAUGGCAGCGUCUCUGCAAUGCUACACGGCAGGAAUGGAGAAAGCAAGAGGCAUUUGGACUGGAAAACGCGGCUAAGAAUAGCCAUCGGAGCAGCAAGGGGGAUUGCUAGAAUCCACGAAGAGAACGGCGGGAAGCUGGUUCACGGCAACAUAAAAUCCUCGAACAUCUUCCUAAACUCGCGGCAAUACGGGUGUGUCUCCGACGUGGGAAUCUCGACGAUUAUGAGCCCGUUAACUCUGCCGGUUGCCCGUUCAGCAGGCUACUGUGCACCGGAGGCCAUGGAUAACCGGCGAGCAGCGCAGCCCUCCGACGUGUACAGCUUCGGCGUCGUCUUACUGGAGCUCCUCACCGGGAAGUCCCCUCUCCACGCCACGCGCGGCGGCGACGAGAUCGUCCAUUUAGUCCGGUGGGUCCACUCGGUGGUCCGGGAGGAGUGGACGGCGGAAGUGUUCGAUUCGGAGCUUAUGAAGUUCCCAGACGCUCAAGAGGAAAUGGUGGAGAUGUUGCAGAUUGCUCUGUCUUGUGUGGUCAGGGUGCCAGAUCAACGGCCUCAAAUCCAUCAAGUUGUGAAAAUGAUCGAAAAUCUUCAACAUAUAGACAUGGAGAAGACCGAGAGGCAAUCCUUUGAAAACGCAGCUUCAAAGCCAUUGACACCCGCUCAAGGAGAAUUAUUGGUUAUACUCGACUCACAAGAUCAAAUUACUAUUUACUAAGUCUGUAAUCAUAUUUUUAGACGAAAGUUGUGUCGAUAUAUAUUUGAUGUUGUGAGUUUUGCAUAAUUCACAAUAUUUGCUAUGGCUAAAAGAAUUCUUUUGUGUUUUUCUUUCCAUUCACUCUCUUGGUGAAAUUUUUGCAAGCACAUUAUGGGUUUAUGGCAGAGUUUGGAUUGAUCUCA